AUGGCGCUCGCGUGCACGGGCAAUCAGCAGGGCCUGCUGCACGUCUCCUUCAACCAGGACAACACCUGCUUGGCCUUGGCAACUCGCGAUGGCCUUCGCAUCUACAGCAUCGACACGCACCAAAUAGUGUACCGGAACGCCAUCGGCGCGCUCGG